AUGGCCGCGCCGCGCGCCCCCAGCGCUCUGGCAGCAGCCGCGCCGGCGUCCGGGAAGGCCAAGCUGACGCACCCCGGCAAGGCCAUCCUGGCAGGCGGCCUGGCUGGGGGCAUUGAAAUCUGCAUCACCUUCCCCACCGAGUACGUGAAGACGCAGCUGCAGCUGGACGAGCGCUCGCACCCACCGCGCUUCCGAGGCAUCGGAGACUGCGUGCGGCAGACGGUCCGCAGCCAUGGCGUCCUGGGUCUGUACCGGGGCCUCAGCUCCUUGCUCUACGGCUCCAUCCCCAAAGCGGCGGUGAGGUUCGGGAUGUUCGAGUUCCUCAGCAACCACAUGCGAGAUGCCCAGGGCCGGCUGGACAGCACUCGAGGGCUGCUGUGCGGCCUGGGCGCUGGUGUGGCCGAGGCAGUGGUGGUGGUGUGCCCCAUGGAGACUGUCAAGGUAAAGUUCAUCCACGACCAGUCUUCCCCCAACCCCAAGUACCGGGGAUUCUUCCAUGGGGUUAGGGAGAUUGUACGAGAACAAGGGCUGAAGGGAACAUACCAAGGCCUCACAGCUACUGUGCUGAAGCAGGGUUCAAACCAAGCAAUCCGCUUUUUUGUCAUGACCUCCCUACGCAACUGGUACCGAGGGGACAAUCCCAACAAGCCUAUGAACCCCCUGGUCACAGGGGUCUUUGGAGCUAUUGCGGGUGCAGCUAGUGUCUUUGGGAACACACCUAUAGAUGUGAUCAAGACCCGAAUGCAGGGCCUUGAGGCACACAAAUACCGGAACACGUUAGACUGUACCUUGCAGAUCCUGCGGAAAGAGGGGCCCAAGGCAUUCUACAAGGGCACUAUUCCCCGCCUGGGCCGUGUCUGCCUGGAUGUAGCCAUCGUGUUUGUCAUCUAUGAUGAGGUGGUGAAGAUCCUCAACAAAGUGUGGAAGACAGACUGAGCCCAGAGGGUCAGGGGCACCCCAGCUCCUCAAGACCCACCCCACCACGAUGAUUCCAGUGUAGUAGUGCCAAAAGGCCCCUUCUCUUGUCCCUUGAGCUCUGUGGCUUGGUCAGUACAUGGAGGCCACCAUAUAUUCCAUAGUGCCAUGUCUCCCCUCUGGUCUGUAUGUGACACCAUUAUCGUGUUGUGUGUCCAGCCUGGCCACAGCUGGAUGGUUGUCUGGCCUGUGAAUCUGUGCCCAUUUAUCCAUGUGCUUCUGAUCUGCGUGCUUGUUUCAUGUUCUGUGUCGUGUGACCUUGCACCCCAUUCCCCAGGGUGCCUGUGUGGCCUGGGUCCACGGCCUGUAGCUAUGGCCCAGUCACAGUCCGAUGCCUUCCACCCUGGGUGGCAGGGACACCCUGUCCUGGCCUACCACAGCUGCCUCGGCCUCAGCCUGGCCUCACCGCAUUCCAGGGGCCGUGUGCCCCCACGCUUCUCCCGCCAUUGGCCUUAACUGGCCCUCAGGCCCUCCUUCCACCUCGGAUAGGAUGGUGCCUGACACUCAGGACCACCCUGCCAAGGAGAAUAAACCGGAUCCUGUCACA